AUGCCUCGCACGAAAAAAAAAUCAAUCACGCCGGGCCGUGGUUCAAACCCGAUCGAUACCGCUCUCCAUGCUUUGUAUUACAACCCGGACAGUCCAGCGGCUUACAGCGGGGUUCAACCCCUGCUCAAGGCAGCUCGACAACAGGGACUCAAAGUGAGUCGAACCCACGUGUCGGCUUGGCUGGCUCAGCAGGACACGUACACACUCCACCGACCUGCACGCCGCCAUUACCCGCGUAACCGAGUGGUGGUUGGGGGUAUGGACAGUCAGUGGCAGGCGGACCUGGUCGACAUGACAGCGUUCACCAAAGAGAAUGACAACAACCGUUACCUACUGACCUGCAUCGAUGUGCUCUCCAAGUAUGCCUGGGUGAUCCCACUCCGGGCCAAAACCGGGGCUCGUUUGAUCGAGGCAUUUCAACAGAUUUUCAAGACGGGCCGCCGACCGUUGUACCUGCAAACGGACGAGGGGAAAGAGUUUCUGAACAGACCGUUUCAAGCCUUUUUAAAGGACAAAGGGGUGUUUUUCUUUCACACGUUUAACGAAACCAAAGCCUCCGUGGUAGAACGGUUCAACCGCACUUUGAAAGGUCGCAUGUACAAAUAUUUCACCGCUCACAACACUCGGCGCUACCUGGACGCCUUACCGGCCCUGGUUCGCGGUUACAAUCAAGCCUACCACCGAAGCAUACGACGAGCCCCUAUCGACGUCACUCCCCAGAACCAGAAGGAAGUCCGGCAAGUCUUGUACGGUCCAUCCACACACAAACGCUCGGUCCACCGGUAUCGGGCCGGUGAUCUCGUGCGUAUCAGUAAAGUGAAAGGGAAAUUUGAAAAAUCAUACCUGCCGAAUUGGAGCACGGAAAUGUUCCGUAUCGUCCGCUCCCACCCUCGACAGCCUGCUGUGUACACACUGGAGGAUUUGAACGGGGAUCAAUUGCUAGGGACGUUUUACGAAACCGAACUCCAACCGGUGACAGCCGCGGUGGAUAAGUUUUAUCAGGUGGAGAAGAUCUUAAAAAGGGAGCGGCGGCGAGGGAAACUGUACUAUUGGGUGAAGUGGGUCGGUUAUCCACCCAGCUUUAAUUCUUGGGUCCCGGCCACGGACGUGAAACGUAUUUAA